AUGAUGAAGAACUUUCUUUUGCUCGCUGUGCUUGUAGUAGCAAGCUUGGUUACUGCUAUUGCUACGCCUCAGCCCAAGGGCAGAAAGGGGUUCACCCUCGAGGCGGCCAAGAACACCAACUCCAAGCCUGACUUUGUUCGAGAAUGGGUGGCUGCUCGACUGAAGUGGGGAGCACCUGUCUCUGCGGAGGUUCUGUCUGCUUUCUCGCUACUGGAUGAAGAGGGCCGUGUGAACGUGCACCCCCUUGGAAAUGAUUCCAUCUACAUUGCCGACGUUCAAGUCGGCACUCCACCCCAAAUCCUCAAGAUCGCAAUGGAUACCGGGUCUGCAGACUUGUGGGUGCAAUCUACCGAUACAAUCUAUCGAGCCAAUCCCGAAGGCCCUUGGGCUCCUCAAUACAAGCCCAACUCUUCCAAAACAUCUCGCCGCCUCCAUGAUGCAGAAUGGAACGUCGAGUACGUUGACGGCACUCAUGCCAAUGGUAUCGUCUACCUUGAUACCCUUCGUCUAGGAGCCCUCGAACUCAAAAACACGGCUAUUCAAUCCGCUCAAAUUGUCGCUCCACGCUUCGAACGUGAGACUGAGCUCACGGGCAUCAUGGGCCUUGCCAAGUCUCUUCCUAGCAAUAUAGACCCUCCUACUCCGUCUCUGCUUGACAAGCUCCGCCCACUACUUGACGAACCCGUCUUCACUGUUGAUCUGCGACGAAACGCCACGGGUCGCUUUGACUUUGGCCAAAUUGAUGAGACCCGAACCAAGGACAAUAUCUCCUGGAUGGCCACACGGGAGGACAGUCCCCACUGGGAUGUCACAUUCGACAUGACAGCUUGGACUGGUCAACGUCGGGUCUGGAUGGCUCAUACUUUUGAGGCUACCGUCGACACGGGCACUACCCUGCUAUACCUGCCUGGAGAGCUUGCGGGCUUGUACUGGUACGAUGUGCCAGAGAUGAAAAUCGACCCUCGCCUUGGAGACGCAUUUACGUUCCCUUGCAAGUUCGCCAACCAGCUGCCAGAUUUAAUGCUCAAAGUGCCAGGUACAGAGCACGUCUUGAAAAUCCCCGGACCGUAUCUCAGCUACAGCCCUACCGACAACGAUCCGGAAUACUGCUGGGGUGGUUUGCAGAGUGCAGAGAGCCUUGGCGUAACCAUCCUUGGCGACGUGGCGCUCAAGGCGCUCUAUGUUGCAUUUGAUCUUGAAAAGAAGAAGGUUGGGUUUGCCAACAAGGAGCUCGACGAUAUUGAUGGAUGA